AUGAGCCCGGUCAUACUCGUCAGCUAUCGGAUUUCCAAGAGAAACGAAGCUUUUGGAAGCCCUAUAUUGAAGCGAUAUUGCGUCAAGGCUGCGGCAGAAGAUAUCGCACCCCACGGCACCAUGUCAGAAUUCCAAGCGGUUGCAGUUCCCCCGGCAUCCAUGACCACGCUGAAGGUCCCGAUCAUUCUGGAUAAAGCAGAUGAUUGGUGGACGUGGCUUGCCUUCAUCAAGCAAUCGGCACAGGCGCGAAAGAUAUGGCAAUAUAUUGAUCCGAACGAUGAGACAAAUGAGACCGACGAGCCCGAAGAGCCUCAGCGGCCCGACCCGGAGGUAGAAUUCGAAGAUAUGACUGCCGAGUAG